UAACGCCUAAUACAUUGAAGAAGAGAUAAGAAAUGAGCGCAUCAAUACACAUAUAGAGAGACCCCCCCUGUAUCUCGCCCCUUGACAGGAGAAGAAGAGCCAUUUCAAUGGUUUCUUCUUAACAAACACUAGCGAAACCUCACUCCCUUCAACAUCUGAUCUUCUUCACCCAUGAAAUAGCACCUUAGAAUUUCCUGAACCAUCACCCUAAUCUCUAAGGCAUACAUAAAAUCAACCAUGAACCAUAGGAGGAUAAGAGGCAGCCGAAAAAUCCCUUCCUCUAGGCCUACUGCUACCUCCAAUUUUCCAAAAUCAAAGACCCUCAAACUCUGAUUUUCCAACAUUCAAACACACGCACAAGCGCACAUAUGGACAGAAACAGUGACGAGAAGGAGAGAUCAGUGAGGCAUCCGAUUCAAGAUUCUGUCCGCGGAUCUGAUUCGUCGCCAAGGCUCGACGUUCGCUGCUGUGUUAUCCGGCUUGUCGGAGGUUUUCGUUUGUUGAUACAUUGAAGAAAGGAGAUGCGUUCAACACUUUUAAAUCAGUCUGGAGUUAGAUUUAUUAGUGGCAUUAUCUGCAAGUCCAAGGUUGUUCAAUUUGAAAGAAUGUUGUUUCGUGCUACAAGGGGUAAUAUGCUUUUCAAUCAGGCAGUUGCUGAUGAUGAAAUACUGGAUCCUUCCUCAAACGAAAUGGUUGAGAAAGUAGUCUUUGUAGUAUUCUUUUCAGGUGAGCAGGCGAGAACAAAAAUACUGAAAAUAUGUGAGGCAUUUGGUGCAAAUCGCUAUCCUGUUCCUGAAGACACGACAAAGAGAAGGCAGAUAACUCAAGAAGUUUUGUCUCGACUAUCUGAAUUAGAGACCACUUUGGAUGUUGGACUGCGCCAUAGAGAUAAGGCUUUGACCUCCAUAGGAUAUCACCUUUCAAAAUGGAUAAACAUGGUUAAAACACAAAAGGCAGUGUAUGACAUGUUAAAUAUACUAAAUUCCGACGUUACAAAGAAGUGCCUUGUGGGUGAGGGCUGGUGUCCAAUAUUUGCGAAGACCAAGAUACAAAGAGGCUUUGCAGCGUGCAACAUUUGAUAGCAGUUCACAACUGGGCAUUAUAUUUCAUGCGAUGGAUGCUGUGGAGUCACCUCCAGCAUACUUUAGGACAAACAGUUUCACAAAUGCAUUUCAAAAAAUUAUUGAUGCAUAUGGUGUUGCUAAAUACCAGGAGGCAAAUCCAGCUGUGUAUGCCAUUGUUACAUUUCCUUUCCUUUUUGCUUGUGAUGUUUGGGGACUGGGGUCAUGGAAUCUGCUUGCUGUUGGGAGCAUUAGUUCUUAUCGCAAGGGAAAGCAAACGUAGUUCUCAGAAACUAGGCAGCUUCAUAGAGAUGCUCUUUUGGGGUCGCUAUGUACUCCUGUUGAUGUCAAUAUUUUCAAUUUACUGUGGCUUGAUAUAUAAUGAAUUCUUCUCAGUUCCCUUUCACAUAUUUUGUG